GUGAGAGUGGUCAUUUGAUUCGGAUGAGUUUCCUGAUAAGUCCUAGCGACCCGGAGACGCUUGCGGAAGCGCUUGCCUUCGUGGAUGGCUUCGACUUCCCCGACAACGACAGCAAUACGGAUGCGUCUUCAGGAAGCAGCGACAGCGGCGCUGGGACCUUUGUGGAGAGCCACAAGCGUCGUCGAAGCGAUGUCAAAGUCGCGGACACACACGAGAAGACCAAGAGCAGGCGCAAGAACGCCGUGUACUCGGCACGUCUUCGUGCCAAGAAGAAGAACGAGAUGCAGACGCUGAAAGAGCAGGUAGAGCAGUUGCAAAUGCAGCUGGAUCGUCUCAAAAGCGCGCAUACCUUGCCGUCUUCAGUGUUAUCAGGGGACGGUCGUAUCGUGACAAUGACCUCAGGAAGUUCCAUAACAGACACGAGGCUUUGGCUGAAGGAGGCAACAGCUCAAGCCUAUCAGAGACAACAAGCAGAGCAGCUGAAUGCUCAGCUGAAGGUGCUACUAGCUAAAGUGGUCAAGCGGUCUAGGACGAUGCAGGACGCGUUCCAGAACCUGCAGUCUCUGGGCUGUGAGAUCAAAUUGGCUGUGGGUGCGCCGUCGACAAUUUUGGCGGGGUUCUCUUUGCGGAGCAAUGAUGCUACUUCGUAUUUAGAACAGCUGCGCGAGUACGCAGACCAAAUGUAUGCUAGUGCCCCCGAAGUAUUUGCUACCAGCGGAGCAGGAGCAGUUGAGUCUGCUUCGUUCGUUUCACAGAUCAAGCGUGAUCUCGUAUCGGGAAGAAGAUUUGUGCAGUUGUCUUCGGUGACACCAUUGGCCAGCGACUUGGACACUACAAGCCGCAUGAUUUGGAAGGGAAUGCAACUCAGGGACAACAAGUGCUCCACGUACAACGUUCAUCGGCUGCAUGUGAACACCAGCUCCAUCGCAAAGAGUUUCUUCCUGACACUGGGAGAUGAUGAUCCAACAUUGUGCACUCUUCACGGGGCUGCCUUCGUACGUAAAUUUGAGGAGCGAGAUCGCAUUUUGUAUAUCUGGACGACUGCUAUGGUGCCACCAAGGCAGGAGGUGGAGGACACAAACACCAAUAGCAAGUUACGGUUACUUUGUGUCCGUGAAAAGGGAUGGGUCAUGUUAUCACGGUCUAUUAAGAACCCUGAACAUGAGUCACUGUUACGCACCUGUUACGAGGUCUCAAGUGAGCUGGAUACGAAGCAACAAGAUGCAAGCUGUGCAACAACGGAGACCGACUACAGUGACCAUAUCGGGAACCGUGUUAUCAAUUUACUAAGUAGCGAGUUGCGUGGAUUCCACGAGCGCAUUCAGAACAAACUACUAGCAGGCACGGCGUAGGCACACUAAGAGUCGCACCGUACUGUCGUGAUGCUUGUGCGGUGCUCACGGCAAUGUAUCUAUUUGAUCUUUGCUAAUAUUCCAAGUGCCGCCGAGAAAUGCAAAUAGGAAAUUUGAAGGAUUUCACCUUGAUGGCGCAGCAAGCUGACUUUUUUGCUCGGAGUACCGUUUGGUGGUGCUGGCUGCGAAGCCAUAACUGCUAACCAAGAGUGCGUGGUACGUGGCUGACAAGAUAACAUCUGCGUGGCUUGAUCCAGCACAGAACUGCGCAUGCUCAGCGAACAGCUUCAGAGUCGUACAAGUACAAACCCAUUGCCAGUAAAAGAUCCUAACUAGUUAGCACGAAGUUCACGAUGAACCUGACUGAAAUCACAGUUACAAACGAAGUCAAUAUAAAGUCAACAAGAUUGCUGAGUUUUGAGUGGUUGGUGGCGCCGUCUCAACGUAUGACAUCUCAUUUGAACGACAAAGUCAUCUUUCUACGGGACAAA